CGUUAGGUUUGUUCUUUUCUAAUAAAGUUUUGUUUGUGAUGCUGCUGCUCUCUCGUCCUAAACUGUGAAUAAAGAUGGCAGACGACUCGGAGCGGGUUCCUCCUCCUUUUCCAGAGAUGGAGCAGCGGGAGACGGAUCCAGCAGACGGGGAAAGCGACGAGGAUAGCGACGACUUUGAGGGAGAGGACAUCUUUACCGGCAAUAGCCAACCUUCAGAGCCUAAAAAAGACCCCCUCCCACCAGCAGCUCCCACCACCAGCACCACCACCACCACCAGCAGCAAUACAAAGACCAAUGGACUGCAUUCAGACGAUGAAGAGCAGGAUAUAUUUGCAGAGGCCACCGUAGAGCUGGCUCUGGACAGUCCUCUCAAUAAUAGAAAGAGAGAGCCAGCUCAGGCCAAACCAUCGGCACCUGGGCCCUCCCUUACCGUCACGGGGCCAAGCACUUUGAAACCACCACCUGCCAAAACCUUCGAGGAGCUAGAGGAAGAGGAGGAAAAGGACGCAUUUGAAUUGAAUAUUGCAGUUACCAAUCCUGAGAAAGUUGGGGAUGGUAUGAAUGCAUAUAUGGCUUAUAAAGUCUCAACUCAGACCAAUUUACCAAUGUUCAAGUGUAAGACGUAUACAGUAAAGAGGCGGUUCAGUGAUUUCCUGGGAUUAUACGAGAAGCUCUCUGAAAAGCACUCGCAAAAUGGAUACAUUGUACCCCCGCCUCCAGAAAAGAGCAUACUUGGGAUGACCAAAGUGAAAGUGGGGAAAGAGGACUCCUCCUCUGUAGAGUUUGUGGAAAGGAGACGUGCUUCACUAGAAAGAUAUCUUCAGAGAGUUGUCAGUCACCCAUCAUUAUUGCAAGAUCCAGACGUCAGGGAAUUUCUGGAAAAAGACGAGUUACCCCGCGCUGUGAGUACCCACGCAUUGAGUGGAGCUGGCUUCCUCAAGAUGAUAAACCGAGCUACCGACGCAGUCAGCAAGAUGACUAUUAAGAUGAACGAGUCUGAUAUUUGGUUUGAAGAGAAGCUGCUGGAGGUGGAAAGUGAAGACCAACAUCUGCGUAAACUUCUCUCUGUUGUGGAAACCCUUGUAAACCACAGGAAGGAGCUCUCCAGCAACACGGCCAUGUUUGCGAAGAGUGUGGCGAUGCUGGGCAGCUCGGAGGACAACACGGCUCUGUCCCGGGCUCUGUCCCAGCUAGCUGAGGUGGAGGACAAGAUCGAGCAGCUUCACCAGGACCAGGCCUGCAACGACUUCUUCAUCUUGGCAGAGCUGUUCGCUGACUACAUCCGCCUCCUCACCGCCGUGAGGGGCUCAUUUGACCAUCGAAUGAAAACUUGGCAACGAUGGCAAGACGCUCAGACUACACUGCAGAAGAAACGUGAAAACGAAGCCAAGCUGCUGUGGGCAAACAAACCUGACAAGCUGCAGCAGGCCAAAGACGAGAUCUCGGAGUGGGAGUCUAAAGUAACACAGUAUGAGAGAGACUUUGAGAGGGUGUCAGCUACAGUGCGGAAAGAGGUUCUCCGAUUUGAGAAAGAGAAAGCCACGGAUUUCAAGAACCAGCUAGUGAGAUAUCUUGAAACGCUUCUACACUCGCAUCAACAGCUUAUUAAAUACUGGGAAGCAUUUCUACCGGAAGCAAAAGCAAUCGCUUAACAUGACCAAGGAAGUCGUGUGAGCCUCUCAAACUCUGCCGUUUUAUACACUUUACCUCUUGCCUUUUAAACCAAGAAAACGAACCAAGAUGCACCGCAAAGGGAAGAAACUGAACUAAUACAGUACAUGUUAGUAUAGAUCUUCAUCUUAACUAUUGUAUUAACAAUGUAUAUUUUACAUUUAACUUCCAUGUGUAUUUUCUUAUAUAUAAAAAAAAAAAAAAUCCUCAUAUAAGGAAUGAAAAGUAGAUGUUGGGUAUGGGUGAUAUUUUCAGGGCAUUGGGUUCUAUUAGCAAACAGCCAAAACACAUUUAGUUUGUUUAAAAAAAAAAAAAAAAAAAAAAAAAAAAAUACCACUAUGUACUUUAUAUUAAGGCUUUGCACUCGUUAGCUCCUGCUGAUUAGCCAUUUUAAUAGAUGAUUUUGGGGGUUCGUUUUUCUGUUCUUUAAGAUACUCAUACAGGUCAGCUCUUCGGAGCUUUCAGGCUUUUUUACUAGAGAUCCAGUUCUUUAGCUGGGGUGGGGAAUUGAAGCUGCUUUGGGUGAAUCUAGCAUUUGUCCUGGGGAUCAUUAAUCCACAGAACCACAAAGCAAAGGGCACCAGAGCACACUGUGUCAGUGCACCACUGCAGGAGUGUUGGUGGGUUGAUAAUACUGUAGUAUGAUCACAGACUGUAACCCAGUGGCAAGUUUGAUGGCAACUGAGCCAACAGCACCCACAUAGGAGUGACCAGUCACAAAGUGGUAUGCUUAUUCGAGUGCCCCGUGAUUCACAAAAAAAGUGAAAUGAGUUUAAAGUCUCACGCUAGCUAGCGUCUACAAUGACGUGCACCCCGAAUGAACAUUGUAUUUCAGUGUAGAAGCUAGAAGUGCCUUUUCCUUGCGAGUGUGCGAAGGAGUAGGGUAACAUAGCUAGGAUUGAGGAUACAAGAAACAGUCGACUUGAGAAUGUGUGGUGUUAAAAAAAUGAUUCUAUCUCUGAAUGCUUAAAUGUUAAAUGAGCUUGCCCCACAGAGAUAUACUGCAAGGUUGUUCUUCCCAUAGUGAGGGCUACUCAACCGUGGUCCUGGAGGGCCGCUGUCCCUCCUGGUUUUUGUUCUGAUUGUACACUAAAUUGAUUAAUUGGAUCAAUUAAGCUUCUAAUAAGCACUUAAUUGGUCCAAUUAAGUAAUUUAGGGUACAGCUGGAACAAAAACUAGGAGGGACAGCGGCCCUCCAGGACCAGGGUCGAGUAGCCCUUCUGUAGUGCAAUGGAAUGUUUUAGCCAAUAUGAUUUGUAUUUGUUAGUAACCAUUGUAUUUCAUUACACUGUAAGUUCCCCUAAUGGCUCCUGUAUUGUUAUUCAGUAGACCGAGUUGAUGCUUGAUUGGUGAAAGGGUUCGCAACAUAAAAUACAAUAACGCAAGAUAAUCUUAAAUAGCUUGAAAUAGCCAGGCAUAACAUUCUUUAACAGUUGGCUUCAUAGAAUGACCUAAGCCAUUGUGUCCCCUUUCUGGGUCUGUAUAAAUGUGUCUUUCUAGUUUUAAAUAAUAUUCCAUUUCAUAUUGUUGAAACGCCAUGUGUGUCUAUUUCAUGAAAGAGGUGGGACUGGCAGCAGCCACUUAAUGUCUGGUACUACUUUGGCAGCAUAUACCAGCUGAACUGGUGUAUAUAGUUUAAAAAUACAAUUGUAGCUCUGCCCUUAGAAUGUUUUACAAUGGUUGCAGCCAUACACAUUUUCCUGAUCUCAGAUUAACUAUGAUACCAAACAAUGUUACGGUGAGUUCUGAGAUCAGGAAGCACAGACACAUGAUGAAUUAUUAGCUGUGUAAGCUCAGAGCAUGUUGAAGAGUAUUAAUAGAACUUGCUAUUGAACUGGGACCCAUUCCAAAUAUUUGCACGCAUGAAGACUGAAAAUAUAAAAUGGCCUUUUGAUGCAUUGUCCCUUUUUCCUCUGUCUACGACUGUGAGGAGAUAGGGCUGUAGCAUCACAUGUUUGAGUAACAGGGUAAUGGGCUUCAUGCAUGAAGGGGACACAACCUGGUCAGUCGGAAAGUUAGAAACUUUAUUUUUAGUAAUUGACAAACAAUCAACUUUGGUUUCUUUUUUUUUUUAUGAUUGCAUUCGGUGCUGGGACAGCUAUUCAAACAUUGCUUGAAAUAUAAUUUUAUACAGAAAUUCUAAUUUGUUUGCACCAGAUUUAUCAGACAUGAUUUAUAUACUUUAGUAAACUCAAAUACUAUAAUACAUGUAUAUUUUAAUCUAAAUAAUAAUAACCUCUAAGUAUCUGUCUCCUGGUAGUAAUAUCUUUAAUGACAACAGUGGAAAAUAAACAGUGCUUCUUUGUCUCUCCAUGUAAUCCCGUGGUGUAGAGGGUUGAGUUUUCCAUAACCCAGUGCUUGCUUGUUUCAGUUAAAAUGAAACCCAAGGUGUUUGUCCCAGCACUAAUUAGUACAUCUCAACCCCACUUCUUUUCAAAGUGUUUACAUGUUAUUAAUAUUAAAAUGUGUCUUCUCCACUGCAUUCGAUAUUCCAUAACAGUUGGCGGAUAUUAAAAACCGUAAUUAUAAAAAUUGUAUGCAUACUACAGGGUUGAAUUUGUUAUAUUCUAAAUUUACUCAAAGUAGUAAAUUAUUGAAAAUAAAAUUCUUUAAUAAA